AUGACUUUAGAUUCAGUUGAAGCUUAUCACAUUCUCCGUAAUGGAAUUACUGGUGGUUUAUCAAAUGUUCAACAUAGAGUAAAUCUUAAAGGAAUCACACACAUUAAUAAACUUUCAUAUAGUCCAGAAACUAAAACUGUAUCAAAUGAGGACACCACCAACAUUAUGACUCAUUUCGUUGGUGUUGAUUUUAAUUCAUUAUAUCCUUCAUCAUUUUCAUCUAAUCCUCAUGAUUUCAUUCAAUAUACUGACCAUAAAAUGUAUAUGCCGGGAAGAUUGAAUGGUGUUAUCAUUUGUGAUACAGCAACAAAGAAAGCAAAAGCACUGGGAAUAAUUAAGAAGAAAAAUACUUUAUUCGUGGCUGAAGUAAAGGGUCACAUUGAUGAAAAAUACAUUAAUGAUUACAUAAACUUUUUACCGAUAAUAAGAAACUUAGAUAUUAUCACAGAUGAAAAAACAAUUGGCAGUUUUAUGUAUAAUUACAUGAAAUCAAACAAUUUACCAGUUGACCAGAAACAGAGGAAAUUAACUCAGUUAGCAUCAACACACAACCAAUAUCAACCAUUUUCUUCUUAUUAUCUAUGGUAUCUAAUAGACAGAUUUCAUUUUAUCAUCGAUGAUAUUCAAUCAAUUUUAACAUUUACUAAAAACACUUGUUUUAAUGAAUUUGCGAACAAAUUUAUGAACGAAAGACAAAAGGCUGAAUUAGAAGGAAAUAAAGGAAAAAGUUUAUUUUGUAAGAUUUCGCUUAAUGGAUCAUAUGGUUACGAUGCAAUGAAUACACAAAAUUACGCAAAGACUAAAAUAAUGAAUGCACAGAAGGCACGCGUUGCAUGUAUGUCAAAUAAGUUUAAAAACAUAAGAGAAAUAGGUGAAGAUAC